AUGAGCUCGCCGGCUUCGAAAAGGAUGCGCCUUUCGACGUCUCGGUCAUCACUUUCCGGCAGGAAGAGCCUCCAAGGGGGGCAGUCAGCCCUUCCGCGACCGACCUCGGCGGCCGGGCAUACCAGACAUACGACUACGCAACCUACGUACGACUUCAUCACGGGCGGGGCAGAGGAAAACACCGGGCAACCUUUACGACAAUCGAGGUUGCGACAAUCGUCAGUAACAAGGCCAGAUCAUGCCCACGAUGAGAACCUGCGGGCGAGAAUCAACUCGCUCGAAUAUGAAUUGAAGAACCUACAACAAGAACGGGGCUUGAUAGCAUUACAACAUGACAAAGAGCUUCGAGACCAGCAGGCCAGGGCGGAGGCUGAUUUCAAGAAGUACCAGGCCGCCGAGAGUGCCGCCCAGAAGGCGAUGCAACGGCAAGAGGCACUGGCCAAAGAACUCCGAGAGGCGCAGGACCAGAGCACCAACGAGAAGGCCGCCCUGGAGCGAAAGCUGCGCAAUUUACAGGACCAGAACUCGUCACUCAAAGAAGACGCAGAGGAUGCGCAAGCGCGACUGGCCGAUCAAGAACGUCAUUACAAAUACCAACUGGACGAUGUCGAGGCGAAGCGUGCGGCUCUUCAGGACACGGUCAAUAACAUGAAGCGAGAGCUUGACGACUUGACGCAGCAUUUUGAAUCGGUACAAACCCGCCUGUCACAACGAGACGACCAGGUUGCGGCACUGGAAGCUGAGGUGGCCUCGUUGAAAUCGCAUUCUUCAGAUGGCGACGCACUCAAUGUCCUGCAGAAUCAGCUCUCCGAGCAGGUGUCGCAUAUCCGAAGACUCGAGGCAACCAAUAGGGAGCAACUCGGCGAGCUGCGUCGACUGCGUGAAACUCACCGCAGCGUCCAAGUGGUAGAGGAGCAGAAACAUGGGCUUGAAAUCGAGUUACAAGUCUUGAAAGACGUCGAAAGGCAGUUGGGCGAGGCUCAGAUCCAGAAAGAAAUCCUAGAGGACGAGAAGCGAACAUGGACAACACUGCUAGAAAGCGAGUCUGGAAACGGGGACGAACUGAAGUCCCCUGAGGCGGUGGUGAAAGCGCUCAUUCAGCAGCGCAUCGAGUACGCUUCGAUUACGGACAGGCUCGGCACGGUGGAGAGUGAUCUGGCCGAGAAAGAUGAGAUUAUAAAAGCCCUUGAGGCAGAGAAGUCAACCCUGAAGGCCGAAGUGGACAAGUUGAGGUCAGCGCAAGCUGGACAAGGCGAUAGAGUUCCCGACAACAAAGCCUACAAGCGACUAGAAAGACAACGAGUCCUGGCGGUCAAAGAGGUCGAAUAUUUGCGCGCCCAACUCAAGACAUUUGACACCGAGGAAACGGUACUAAUGGAUAACCAGAACUUUGACGCCCAGCGCUCUGAGCAAAUCAAGCAAUUGGAAGCCUUGGUGGACCAAUACAAAGCGGAGGUGCAGCAGCUCCAUUCCGACCUCACGAAACUGGAGACGGCUCCUCCAGCAGCCCCUGCACCUCCGGAGGAGCCCCGAGGAACGAAACGUUCGGCGGAUUCACAGGAUGCGGGUGGCGAAAGCAACUCGCAGCUGGGGGCUUUGUUGCGCAAGAACAAGAACCUACAAAUCGCAUUACAGAAGACCGCUCAGCAGUCACAAAUGCUGGCGACAGACUUGCAGGCCACCAAAAAGCAGCUGAAAGCCCUUCGUGAAAGCUCUAAGACACGAAUUUUGGAGUUGCGAGACAACCCCACGGCCAACGCCGCGGCUAUCAAAAUGUCGACACUCCGCACGCUCAAGCAGGAAAACGCCGAGCUUCUCGCACAGCUGCAUGGAGAGGAUCUUCAGAGCGUGAAGAUGGUCCCUACGAGUACCGUGGAUGCACUCAAACUGGAUCUGAAAGAUAUGGAGAUGGUAGUGGCGGAAAAGGAGAAGCGCAUGCGGCGGCAGCGGGAAAUUUGGACGCAGAAAGCGGCCGAGUUCCGAGACGUUAUCGCCAGCGUGUUGGGAUACAAGGUCAAUUUCCUCCCCAACGGCAAAGCCAAGGUGUCAAGCCUAUAUUACGGUCACUCUCAGGAUGCAGACGAGGACAGUGAAGUAGAAGAAGAAAAUUACAUUGUCUUCGAUGGAGACAACGGAACGAUGAAGAUCAGUGGAGGCCCAGACAGUGCUUUUGGUGAAGAGAUCAGAGAGCUGGUCAACUUCUGGGUCAAGGAGAAGAAGCAGAUCCCCUGCUUUCUAGCUGCCAUGACGCUGGAGUUCUACGAGAAAUUCGGGAAUGGUUCCAAGCCGGACGAGGGCGAUCAUCAGCAGUGA